GUCUGCAUGUCUGCUGUCAGGACGGACGCAUAAAUACCUGGACGUCCAGAUGCUGCUUUCACUGUCAGACUGUCUGUAGGUGGACGACAGAAGAGGAAGCUGAGAGACAUCAACAUGGUUCCACUGAGGCUGGUCGCCUUCGGCUUGCUGGCUGCAGCUUGGUACUUCACUCGUGCUGCUGAGGGAGAGGUGAUCUAUGCCUGUCACAAUGACACAGCUACACUGUCUUGUGAUGUUGGCAGUAAGAUAAAGCUGGAACACAUCCUGUAUAAGGUUGGAGUGGGGACGAGGUGUGGGGAGGGGAAACGCUACCCAGACGACGGACCCGACACCUUCUGCUCCUUCCCCUGGGCGGAGAUGGUGGUGGAGGAUCUCUGUGGUAACAGGAGGUCCUGUGAGGUCCCGGUCACUGAGCGGGUGUUUGGGGAAUAUCCCUGUAAGGAGGAGACCAGGUACCUGGAGGUGUCCUACACCUGCGCCACGCCACCACCUCCACCUCCACCUCCACCAGCGCCAACCAAACCUGACUGUGAAGAAAAAUCAGCCGAUAAAGUCUGAUGCAUUCAAAACUUUAUUGUUCAUCACUGUGGACAGAGCGACUCAUCAGACUGAUCAGAGUUCAGAUCUUCCGUUGUCACAUCUGUCUGUUCUUCGUUGUAUUCAGUUUCUGAGUGUUUGAAUUCAUGUUUCUAAAUGCCUAAAAAAACAUGUGUGAGCUUAUUUACUCAAGAAGGAUUUAAAAUCAAUAAAAUAAAGUUUUCAUCCUAA